AUGGGUUGGUCCGAAUCAGAAAAGCUUGUUGUAGUUUUGGAAGAUGGUACAAUUAGGUUAUAUGACAUCAACGGAGAAUAUACUCAACUUUCCCUUGUUAAAGAAGCAAAAGAAUAUUCUGUUAUUGAUUGUCAGAUAUGGGGAACUGGGUUGGUAGCUUUAACUGGAAAUUUUAAAUUAAUAGUUCUUACCAACUUUGAGGAACCUAGACCGCAUCUUAUGGCAGAUCCAGGUCUAAACGAGCCACCACAUAGCUGGACGGUAAUUCCACCUCAAUAUACACUUAGCCGUCAUGUAGAAGUAUUAUUAGCAACCGGUUCUACGAUUUUGACCGUUGACACUAAAGAAUCUCAAGACCAACUGCUUCAACAAGGACCAUUUACUAAAAUGGCUGUAUCACCUAACGGAAAGUUUCUGGCUCUUUUUACUGCUGACGGUAAACUUUGGGUGGUAUCUACUGAUUUCAAUAAGAAUCUUUCGGAAUUUACUACUAAUUUCAAAGCUCCGCCUCAGCAGCUAAUUUGGUGUGGUACUGAUUCGGUUGUAUUAUAUUGGGAUAAGAUUGUGUUAAUGGUUGGUCCAUUUGGUGAUUACAUAAAAUAUUCAUAUGAUGAUACUAUUUAUUUGGUUCCUGAAAUUGAUGGUGUGCGCGUCAUAAGCAGUGACAAAUGUGAAUUCUUGCAAAAAGUUCCAAAUGUCACCGAAGAAAUUUUCAAAAUCGGUUCAACAGCACCAGCAGCCAUGUUAUUCGAUGCUUUAGAAAAUUUUGAAAAACAAAGUCCAAAAGCAGAUGAAAAUAUACGAAGUAUUCGACCAGAACUUGCAGACGCAGUUGAUGCUUGUACGGAAGCAGCUGGACACGAAUUUAAACAGGAUUGGCAGCGUAGUUUACUCAAGGCUGCCGCGUUUGCAUUACGAAUUUGUGAAUAUUUGAAGAUGAGAACUGAUAGAGUGUUGAUCCAUUGGGCUUGUGCAAAGAUUAAAAAAUCGACUGAAGAUGAAGAAACUAUUUGUCGUAUGAUUGCGGAUAAAUUGGCCAAUAAGCCCGGUCUUUCUUAUAAGGACAUUGCUGAUACUGCGUAUAAAGUUGGACAGCCAAAAUUAGCAACAAAGUUACUUGAUUAUGAGCCGCGUGCAGCCGAUCAAGUACCUUUGCUCAUGAGAGUGCAAGAAGAUGAAUUGGCAUUGAUAAAGGCUAUUGAGAGUGGUGAUACAGAUUUAGUAUAUUUGGUAAUGCUUCAUCUUAAAAGGAAGCUUCCACUUCCUGAAUUUUUCCGAAUAAUUAAUAACAAACCUAUGGCUUGUAAUUUGCUUGAAGUAUAUUGUAAACAACAAGACUUGAACCUUUUAACGGAUUUUUAUUAUCAAGAUGAUCGAAGAGUUGAGAGUGCAAACAUUACAAUAUUAGAAAGUUAUGAGCGAAAGGAUUUGAAUGAAAGGAUUAAUAAGUUAAAGGUAGCAUCAAAAUGGUAUCAAGAUGAUAAAGAACAUGCUUUCGAAGCGAAGGCGAUUGAUGAAUAUAUCAAAUUGUUGCAAACUCAAGCUCAGUUAGAAAAGGAAAUACCAAAUCAACAAUUAGUUGGAUUAUCGUUGAACGAUACAGUUCACAAAUGCAUUACUACUAAUCAUUCUAGUAAAGCAAAUAAACUUAAGUCAGAAUUCAAAAUUCCGGAUAAAAGAUUUUGGUGGAUCAAAUUAAAAGCUUUGGUGGAGUUGAGAGAUUGGGAUGAAUUAGAUCGUCUUUCCAAGUUGAAAAAAUCUCCGAUUGGAUACGAGCCAUUUGUGGAAGAAUGUAUAAAAGCUAUGCAACACAGAGAAGCUGCAAAAUACAUCCAAAAAUGUGAUCCUGCCGUAAGACCAGGUUUAUUUAUUAAAAUAGGCGAUUUCAAAGCGGCGGGUCAAGAAGCACUUGCAUUAAAGGAUAUUCAAUUAUUGAGAGAAAUUCAAAAUAAAUGUACGAAUCAUAUAAUUGCACAAGAAUUAGAUUCUUACAUUGCACAAUUAAGUUCCAGAUAG